AUGGCAUCCCGUUCUUUGAAACCAACGCGUCAGUCCAUGGUGAAAUGCAAGAAACAAGAAGGGCAAGCAGAUCGUGAAACAAGGGCGUUCGUAGCUCUACAAAACAGAAAAAUAUCAAGAAAAAAUGAUAUUGAAAAGAAACGAGGAAUACCAUUGAUGGAAAUAUCAAUUAUUGAAAACGAAGCUCAAAAUGGUCAAGAGCAAAGCAAAACAGAAAAAGGUAUUUGACAGUUUUAUAAAUUUUAACGUAGAACUUGUGUACAUUUUUAAUAUGCAAGUUUUGUGUAUGUAUAUUAUUUACAAUAUGUUAGGCAUUUUCUACCAAUUUCGACGCAUCUUUCAUGUUGUUAUGGUAAAGUCAUCACCAGAUCAAAGCCUGAGAGGUCAUGUUCACCCAGAUUCUAUUUAUAUAUUAAUUUUUAAUUUAAAAGGAAAGAUAUCAGUAAUGUUGAUUGUUGAGUCCCCCAGUCCAGUAGUCCACUACUGGUGCCAACAGUACAGAGUUGGGGGAAUUAACAUCAAGAAAUUGUUUCCUGAAAGUUUGACACAAAGAGAUUUUUUCGAGGGUAAUUGGUUAUAUUUGGAUACUGGACCUCACAAUUAA